AUGGCAGUGGAAGCUGCAAACUCUCCCGUGGAUGCCGUCUCGGGCAAGACGGCGCAAGUCUCGGGAAUUCGCAAGAACGGCAAACAGUGGCACCAGCCUAGAAAACCAUUCCGACCCACUGCUGGCCAAACGACAUACGCCAAACGGGUCGUCAAGCAAGCGCAAGAGGCCGAAGUGAAGAAGAUGGAAAACGAGAUGAAGGCGGAGAAGGAGGCUUUGCGACAGAGGAGAAUUCAGGCUAUUCGAGACCGUCGAGAGGCCAAGGAAGAGCGGGAGCGGUAUGAGAAGAUGGCGGAGAAGAUGCAUCGCAAACGGGUGGAGAGAUUGAAGAGGCGCGAGAAGCGGAACAAGUUGUUGAAAUCCUAG